AUGGACAGCUCCCCAGACCUGUCGCUGAAGCUGCGGCGCGGUUCGAGCGAUUCGCGCGAGUCCUUCUACAUGGACUUUGCCCAGGGCAUCGACUCCGACAUCGAGGACGUGGUGACGAUGACGUCCGGUGGUGCCGGAGGUCCCUCGCCCUGCUCCCUACCACCCGCGAGUCUCCCGGAAGUCGUCACGGUGCAGCCAACCGUUGGCAACACCGGCACCACACAAACCGCCAUCAUCCUCGAGGAGGCGGAUCCCCUUAUCGAGGAGGAGGAAGAGGAAGAGGAGGAGGAGGAGGAAGAAGAAAAGGAAGAGGAGGAUGAAGAAGAAGAAGAAGGCGAAGAGCAAGGCAAGGAGACCGCACCGGAGGGCCAACCGUCGGGGCCGGAAGUGCAGAUCCUGUCGCGAAGUGAUGGAGGCGAAAGUGGAGACCUGGAGGUGGGUGCCCUUCCAUGCUUCCCUUCACCGAUGCGCACCCUUCCCAGCGUGGCGCUGGCGGGGUUGCUUCCACCCCUACCAGCACUCGACAUCGACAUCGAAAGAGAGAUAGAUGUGCCGUCACAGCCCAUCAUGCCGUCACCAUCGGUGCCACAAAACGCCAUCGUGUCACCGGAAACGUUCAGCACACAUACAUCACCGGCCCCUUCUCUGCAACACCUGCCGGUAAUGCGUCCUGUCAGCCCACCUCAGCUGCCCAUACCGCCCUAUCAGGAACUGCACGCUCCAAUGCAUCCUCCAGCAGUACUGACGACGGGUGCGGACUAUCCCUCGUUGUCGUCUGUGCAAGAACUCGGAACAACCGAUGGUGAUGGUUCACGUAAUGGCUCUUCCUUGGGUAUGCAAAGCAAGACUCCGACUCAGCUUGGAUCGUCUUCUGCCUCAUCCUCGACGGCAUUUCAUCCACGAGCACUUCACACACCGACUGUUGGAUCCCGAGCCACUGGAGCAAUGGGGCCUGCUCCAGCUCUACUAGUGCCCUUGCCACUAUCGGGAUCUGGAGCCGUUUCUAGCCCAGUAGAAUCAGCCAUGGUAGCACAUAGGUCUGCUCAGCGACUCUCCCAGCAGUCCCUAGUGACCCCAGCGAGUGGAGGUGCUAGCCAGACGACAACGACUCAUCAACACCUCUCCGUGCUCUAUCACUCUCAUCAUCACCAUCUUCAUCCCAUUCUGACCACUAACAGGCGCCCAUCGCGACUUCCCGAACCGGUGUACUAUCCGCCUCCACGAGAGGUCAAACCUGGAGAAGCUCUCGCUACAACGCUAUCCGCGCUGUAUGGCAAGCUGCUUGUGGUCAUGGGUAUCGCAUUUCCGAUGGCUGAGGUUAUUUCUACGUACAUUCCGCCCUCUUUCUACGAGGGCUUCUACUUGUAUCUGUACAUCGGAAGCAUGAUGUUCCUGCUCUUUAUGUACACUACCUUACUCUGGGGCAAGCCGAAAAUACCACCUGCAUCUCCGGCCAAAAAGCAAGCGAUUGCGAGCACGAAGAAGGUAAUGCACCGCACUAGCACCACCUGCUCGACGGACAGCGGUGAACAGUCAGACAGUGAGGACGAAACGAUCAGCUCAAGCCCAAAGGUUCCGGUGCAGGCUCGCCGGAUGUCCUUGUCGGCAGGAGCGGCCUCUCGACUGCAGCACUUUGGCAGCUUCUACCUACGUAUGGGUGCGGUUGCAUUCGGCAUCGGCAGCAUGAUCUACUCCGGAUUGGAAUUCGGUCAAUACUUUGAGCUGGAGCGCAACACCAAGUGCCACAACGUGCUGCUCGCGCUGACACCGGCCACACGUAUGGCCUUCAUCUUCAUUCAGAUGUAUUUCAUUUUUCUAAACAACGAGCAAAUCAAGGUGUACCGCCACAAGAUCGUCGCCCGCUUCGGUUUGAUGCAUAUGAUCGGCACCAACCUAUCCGUGUGGUUUUCGGUGUUGAUCCAAGAAACGAAGCACGAGAUAUUGACGUUCUACAAUCCGGAAAACCGAACGCUUCGCAUUUCGCAUCGGUUGGGCAACAAGAUGAUGCCACAUCCAGUGGAGACGGUGGCUCACCUACGUGUGGCUCGAGGUCUAAAAGGUCCGCACAACAUCUUCGAGUGCCGUCGAUCAAACAUCAUCGGUACGUUGGUGCAGGAUGCAUCGCCCUUUCUGUUCCCGUGCACUAUCGAGUACUCGUUGAUCUGCGCUGCCAUCUUGUACGUGAUGUGGCGUAGCAUCAGUCGACCUCAGAAUGAGCAGCCCCAACGGCAGGAAAGUCUACAUCCACUCAAGCGUUCACCACACCACUACUCCGUUGAUUGUGCUGGAGCUCACAAAGGCCUGUUCAUCGGUAUCCUCAUUCUGGUGUUGACCAUUAUCUCGCUGAUCCUGUUCUUCGUGCUGAUCUCGCGACCAGAGUUCGUCAGCCUCGCCGUCACUGAGGUGAACAUCUGUGAGCUAACGCUCUACGGCACAACAACGGCGGCUACGCUCAUCGGGAUGUUUCAAGUGCGACACAUGCAGUACGACGCCUUCCGCAGCUUCAGUCUGGAUGACAUCCUAUUGGUUGGUGGACAGACCGGGUCGUUCUUGUAUAGCACGUUCACGGUGAUUGGAGGUCACUUCACAAUGCGACGGGACACCGUGUUGGUGUUGAUCACUGCACUUGCCUCGCUGGUUGAAACCGCCUGCCAGACGAUGUUCAUCUUGGACGCGAGUCGUCGAUCAGCAGCCACCCAAGAGCACAUCCGCAAGAAACCGGGCCGUGAGAUCGUCACUUUCCUGUUGGUGAGCAACCUCGCGAUGUGGGCGAUCAACACACUCGAGAAAAGCCGUGCCGAGUCGCACCCGAUCCAGCUGCAUUUCUAUGGACUUUGGGCGUGGACCAUUAUUACACACGUCUCGAUGCCGCUGGCUAUCUUCUACCGCUUCCACAGCACUGUGUGCCUGUGCGAGAUCUGGAAGCGUGCCUACAAGAUGAAACCAGCCUACAUGUAG